UGACUGACUCAUUCUGUGGCUCCCGUCCCCGGAGAAGUCAAAACACAAACAGGCUUCAAGAGCUUGCAGAGUCAGCCCAGCGGGGCCACAGCGCACAAGCCCAGGCAAGAGCUGCCCUCUCAGCUCUCGUAGAUAGCAUGAAGGGCCCCAGCCUCUUCCAGACACUUUGGAGACUCCUGUUCUCCCUGUCUGUGGUCUUGGCUGCCUCUGGUGAGGAUUGUGAUCCCAGCCUGUGUCUGAAUGGAGGUACCUGCCUGAAUGGAAGCGAGAGCUCUACUUUCUACUGCCUCUGUCCUGAUGGAUUCACUGGGCAGAACUGCAAUGAGACUGAGCAAGGGCCUUGCACCCCGAAUCCCUGCCAAAACAACGGCCAGUGCCGAGUGGUGACUGAGUCCCGUCGAGGAGAUGUCUUUGCCCAGUAUGUCUGUGACUGUCCUGAAGAAUUUGAGGGCCCUCAUUGCCAGAGAGCAAGCAGUCCAGUGAUGAAUGAGUGCAACACACAGCCUUGCAAGAACGGUGGCACCUGCUUUGACCAGGAAGAAGGCUACAGCAAGUGUCUUUUCCCGUUCACGGGAAAGUCUUGCAGUCCCGUAACUUGCAACAUGCCACUGGGCAUGGAGGGAGGUGCCAUUGCUGAUUUCCAGAUUUCAGCGUCAUCUGUACAUUACAGUUUUCUGGGGAUGCAGCGUUGGGGGCCAGAGUUGGCCCGGCUCAAUGCUAAAGGAAUUGUCAAUGCCUGGACUGCCAGCAACUAUGACAAGAACCCCUGGAUACAGGUGAAUCUUUUGCGGAAGAUGAGAAUAACAGGCAUCAAGACACAGGGUGCCAGCCGGACAGGCAGUUCUGAAUAUCUGCGGACCUUCAAAGUGGCAUAUAGUGACGAUGGGCGCAUCUUUGAAUUCAUCCAGGAGCCAAACCAACUCAGGGACCAGGUCUUUGUGGGGAACAUAGACAACAAUGGCCUGAAGACCAACAUUUUUGAUCCACCUCUGGUGACCCAGUUUGUGAGGAUCGCUCCUGUUGUCUGCCGUAGGGCCUGUACCCUCCGGUUUGAGCUUGGUUGUGAAGUGGAAGGUUGUUCUGAGCCUCUGGGCAUGAAGUCUGAGGUCAUCCCUGACAGUAGGAUCACAGCUUCUAGCACCUUCAAGACUUUUGGCCUGGAUGCUUUCAGCUGGCAUCCCUAUUUUGCUCGGUUGGACAAGCAAGGCAAAUUCAAUGCCUGGACCGCUCAGAGCAAGGAGGACACUGAGUGGCUGCAGAUUGACUUGGGUAAACCAAAGCGGGUGACAGGCAUCAUCACGCAGGGGGCCCGGGACUUUGGUAAUAUCCAGUAUGUAUCAGCAUACAAAGUGGCCUAUAACGAUAACAAAUCCUGGACUGAAUACAAGGAGAGCAGAACCAACAGCAGCAAGGUAUCUUUUUAGGGAACCUCAGACAACUACUCCCACCAGAAGAACAUAUUUGAGACCCCUUUCUACUCCCGGUUUGUCCGGAUCCUGCCUGUUGCCUGGCAUGGGCGUAUCACCUUGAGGUGGAGCUGCUGGCUGUGAGGAGUAGAGCCCCUCCACUCAUGGAGAGACUGGACAGGGCCUGAAGUGGGUGGGAGGUCCAAGGCCAGGCUCACCUUCUUCCUCCCCCUGACCCUGCCUCCAGCCUCUGUGUCUCACUUGCCUCUGCCUGCAUGUCCCUGGCCUCAAGGCCUGGGGACAGGAUGAGCAGGGAGGUUCACCGCCUGAUUGUAGUUGAAA